AUGUUCACAGAAGAUCAAUUGUCCAAACUAUAUGACUGCGCGACGACUUCGAAGCGGCUCCCGAAUGAAUUCGCUGACGGUGAAAAAGACUUUAAAAAACUUAUUCAAUACGGGGAAUAUUUCAAAGCAUGCCAGUCCUGUUACUCCACCGAUUACAUUCAGAAAGCUGCUGAUCUGAACGAGGAAGAAAAAGUUCAGUUAAAAAAUAUUGUAACCCAAAAGUUAGUGGAGGCUUCUGGAAAAGAUGACAUAAACUGGAACGUCAAUAUAGUGAUUGGGAAUUCACACGUUGCAAAAAGCCUCCGUCCAAUCAUCACCAUCAAAAUGCCGACAAAUGAGGGUGAAACCUUCGAAUUCGACAUUGAUUCGUUCGCACAGUUUCGACAACAACUUGCUUCAGCUGUAUUAGCUGUCAAUCCACAAGAGUAG